AACCCAUUUUCAAGAAUCCACUUUGAGAAAAACUUGAAAAAUGGGAAAAGAUCUCAAGAGUUUGGUUAGAUGCAUGUACACUGGGAAGCUCAACGAUAAUGUGAGGAAGCUAAAGAUCGCAACCGAAGAACUCAAAGAUAUUGGGAACAGCGUGAUGAAAAGGGUCAAGAUUUGUGAAGAGCAGCAACAGAUGAAGCGGUUAGACAAAGUCCAAUCAUGGCUUAGACAAGCCGACAUUGUUAUAAAAGAAGCAGAAGACUUGUUCUUGACGUCUUCUUCUUCGAGCCAAGGGUUGUUAUCUUCAAGCCACAAGAUGGAGAAGAAGAUUUGCAAGAAGCUGAAAGAAGUUGAAGAGAUUAAGAGCAGAGGUAUGUUUGAGGUUGUUGCUGAAAACGUUGGAGGUGGAAGCGGCUCCACGGUUAAGACUAACGAUGAGGAGACAGUAGGGUUAGAGGCGGUUUCUGGUUUGGUUUGGAGGUGUUUGACGAUGGAAAACACAGGGAUUAUUGGGUUGUAUGGUCUGGAAGGUGUUGGAAAGACUACGGUUUUAACUCAGGUUAAUAACAGGUUGCUUCAACAGAAAGCAAAUGGAUUUGAUUUUGUUUUGUGGGUGUUUGUGUCUAAGAAUCUGAAUCUUGAAAAGAUUCAAGACACGAUUAGGGAGAAGAUUGGGUUUUUGGAUAGGACGUGGACGAGUAAGACCGAGGGAGAGAAAGCUGCCAAGAUCUUUGACAUUUUGAGUAAGAGACGUUUUGCAUUGUUUCUUGAUGAUGUUUGGGAAAAAGUUGAUCUAGUGAAAGCUGGAGUUCCACCUCCGGAUGCGCAGAACCGAUCCAAGGUUGUGUUCACAACUUGUAGUGAAGACGUUUGUAAGGAGAUGAGUGCACAGACGAAGAUUAAAGUGGAGAAAUUAGCGUGGGAGCUAGCUUGGGACUUGUUUAAGAAGAAUGUUGGAGAAGAUACUGUGAAGAGCCACCCGGACAUAGCAAAGGUGGCUCAAGAGGUUGCAGCCAAAUGCGACGGUCUUCCUCUGGCUUUGGUCACCAUUGGUCGAGCCAUGGCCUCCAAGAAAACACCACAGGAGUGGCGUGACGCUUUAUACAUCUUGAGUAACUCUCCUCCUAAUUUCUCAGGUACACAAUUUUGUAAACUUAUCAAACUUUUUUAGUCAGUACAUAUUUUGUAUAAUUGGUUUUUACUAAUUAUCAUUUUAUUGGGUUGUAAUAGUUCUCAAGUUACUGGACAGGAACUAGGUGAAGAAAUAUUGAGAUGAUAUUCUAUUUUGGAGUGUUUAAAGUUACUGGCUAGGUUUCUUUUGAAGAAAUUGUUUGAUUUUUGUUUUAAUAAUUGUGUAUUUAUUUUGUAAUUUUCCCAACUAUUUUAUAUAUGAAUGAAUGUUCUAUUGUCAAAACAACAACAAAAAAAUCUAAUUGACUCCAAUUUAGUGAAACAGAAAAUGAUUAUAUCAUGUCUAUGUUGAGAAAAAAACAUAGACGCAUACACACAAAAAACAGAGGAAUAAGAAUUCGAAGAUGUUUUUGUGACAGCCAAUGAUUUUCCAAAACAUUUUCUUGAAUCCUGAUAUUUUAGAUUUUUCAUAAAA